AUGGCUCCUCCCAAGACUCUCUUUGUCCUCCUCAUCUUCCUCAUUCUUCUAGUUUCUGCCACUGCUUUUUCCUUCCUAUUCCAUGGCUUCAAUGAAAGUAAUAUCACCCUUGAAGGGAAAGCAAAGAUUGACAACCAAGGUAUACUUCAGCUCACCGGAAGAAAAAACAAUAUUGUUGGUCAUGCAUUCUAUAACAAAUCCAUCAUAAUACUUGAUAAAACAAAUGCUUCAGUCCUCCAGCCAAAGGUUUUUUCCUUUAGUACAUGCUUUGUUUUCUCAAUUGUGUCACCAAGUUCUGGCCCUGGUGGCUUUGGUCUUGCCUUCACCAUAGCUCCUUCAACACAAUUCCCAGAUGCUGAAGGUGGCCAUCUUCUUGGUCUUUUCAACUCUUCCAAUGAUAUGAGCUCCUCAAAUCAUAUCUUGGUGGUUGAGUUUGAUACAGUGAAUGGCUACAAAGAUUCUGCUGACACCGUAGGAAACCAUGUUGGGGUAAACAAAAAUGGCAUGUCCUCAAAUAUAUCUGAGCCUGCAGCUUACUUUGAAGAGGGCAGAAAGGAAGAGUUCAACAUGGAGAAGGCUGACGCUGUUUGUGCUUGGAUUGAAUACGAUGGUGAAACAGAAAUACUGAAUGUCACAAUAGCCCCUUAUUUGGAACCAAAACCAAGCAAACCACUUAUAUCCGAGGCUAUUGACAUCAAGUCUGUCAUGGAGGAAAGCAUGUUUUUUGGUUUCUCUGCAUCAACAGGUAGUAGGAAAGCAAGUUCCCAUUAUAUUCUAGGGUGGAGCUUUGCAUUGAAUGGGGUUUCCCCUCCACUCAAUGCUUCACUCCUUCCAAAGCCACCACCAAAGGAGAAAGAUUCAUACUAUUUUCCUUUGGUCAAGGUUGUAAUUGGUAUCUUGUCUGCUUUGACAUUUACCUUGCUGUGCCUUUUGUUUUGUGUGACAUUCUAUAAGAGAUAUAUGAUAUUUGAAACUCUUGAGGACUGGGAGCGGGGUUGUCCUCAUAGGUUAAAAUAUAGAGAUCUUCAUCUAGCAACAAAGGGAUUCGUAGAGAGCCAACUAAUUGGUGUUGGAGGCUUUGGUUCUGUGUACAAAGGUGUGUUACCAAGCACAGGAACUGAGGUUGCUGUUAAAAGGAUCAUGACAAGUCCAGCCCGAGGAAUGAGGGAAUUUGCAGCUGAGAUUGAAAGCUUAGGAAGAUUGAGACACAAGAAUUUGGUCAAUCUUCAAGGGUGGUGCAAGCACAAGAAUGAUCUCCUUCUAAUUUAUGAUUACAUUCCGAAUGGGAGCCUUGACUCUCUCCUAUUCAAUAAAAACUUUGCUUUGGAUUGGGACCAGAGAUUCAAAAUUCUCAAAGGUGUAGCUGAAGGGCUGUUGUACCUUCAUGAAGAGUGGGAACAAGUGGUGAUCCAUAGAGAUGUGAAAUCUAGCAAUAUUCUUAUUGACGGGGACUUCAAUGCUCGUUUGGGUGACUUUGGACUAGCAAGGCUUUAUAGCCAUGACCAAGUGUCACACACAACCAGUGUGGCUGGCACCAUAGGGUAUAUUGCACCAGAGUUAACUAGGACAGGAAAGGCAUCUACAAGCUCUGAUGUGUAUGCAUUUGGGGUCCUACUUCUUGAAACGGUUUCUGGCACAAGGCCUGUAGGUUCAUCAGGUAAGUUUUUCUUGGUCGAUUGGGUUCUUGAAAAUUGCCUACUUGAUCAGAUUCUUGAAGUGGUUGAUCCAAAGCUAGAUUCAGUUUAUGAUGAAGAAGAAGUGGAGUUAGUUCUGAAAUUGGGUCUACUAUGCAGUCAAUACAAAGCUGAUUACAGACCCUCUAUCAAACAAGUGACUAGGUACCUAAACAUUGAUGACCCUCUGCCUGAUAUCUCUGAUUGGAGACACUAUGAUUCACAAAGCACCACAACAAGCUUAAGUUUCUUGGAAGCCAUGCCUACUAGUAAAACUUCAUCCUCAUACAGUUUACCCACUAGGAGUACAAUGUCCAUAGAAACUGGUAGAUCGUAA